AUGGAUAAAGAUUUGGCCAAAAUCGAUGAAAUUAUAGACUACCUUAAGAUAGGUCUAGUUGAUGCGUGCGAGAAAGAUUACGUUGAGGAUGAAUCUUGUGAAUCUGUCGAUAAUGACGAGUCUCAAUCGAUGUCAGAUUCAUGCACAACAAAUUCCCUUGAUGAACUGUCGUCGACAUGUGAAAGUGAUAUAUCAUUUGAACCUAGCGAAUGGCUUAUUUUUGAUUCAACUUUGAAUCGUAACAGAUCACCUCGUCUCCUUGAAUUUCUUCGUCUUCUUCUCGACAAAACACAUUAUACUUCUUACGCAUCAUACACAAAUCGAUCGAUUGGGAUGUUCACGAUUCAUAAACCAAAUAAGGUGGCUGCCCUAUGGAAAAAAGUUAAAUCUCGACAAUCAAGUCAUACAAUGACCUAUGAUAAAUUUUCUCGUGCUAUUCGCUGGUAUUAUAAAUCGGGUAAAAUGCUUAAAACGAAUGCUCGAUAUACGUUUCAAUUUGGACCAGACAUGUUAAAGCAUGAUGAAAAUAUGAACCACAGUACCUGUGUUGACCUGUGA